AGAAGAAUGUCCAUUUUCUAGAUUGCCAUACAGUUGAACAAUCUAUAGCUCUCACUCAUUUUUGUGUGUAUAUCUUGUGUAGAUGUUGCAAACAGACAAUGGGAAGGUCCAAAGUGUACAGGAGGAGGAAGGGCAGAGUGUGCCGAAUUUCUUGGGAGAAUGACAGGAUUCUUUUAAUGACCUCACAAAUUCUUCCAAAAACACAUGCCAGUGUUCUGCUGGUGGCGUAUGGCUGCAAGUCAAAGAAUUAUAAAAUAAUCUGCUGCAGAGGCAAGUAGAGAAGCACACAGCAAGUGAACAGGCUGCAGGCAGUGCAUCUAUUAAGAGUUAGGAAAAAUCAAGGUAAAGGGAGGUUGUGAAAAAGGUGACAAGAGAAUUAAUAUUUGAACAAACCGUGUGGAUGGAUGGUUGGAUGGGUGUCCCCCUGGUACAUUCUCAGUGUCAGGAAAAAUUGAGAGGGCCUCCUCAGCCCUUGGGUGGUGGGUUCUCUGUGGUGAAUCUCAAGAAGAGCCAGAACAAGAAUUGAGCAGCACGAGUUGCAGACUUCCUCCAAAGAGUUGGAGAACCCCUGUCUGGUCUUGUGGGUUGGAAGGUCAGCCAGGCACAGGUGAGGAACAGUUGAUCUACUUACCUGAGUCUGAGGUUAAAGGAAUCCAGCUCCCCAAUGACAAGAGAAAAAGGGAACAUUUCUACUGAAGGAAUAUUAAAGGAACGUGGCGGGGUCACCCAUUUGAAAUAUCUCCUAACAGAGACAAUAUACUUACCUAAACUGGAUUGAAAGACACGCACAUUACUAGAGAUCAUCUUUUUAAAGGUAUCUCAAGAGAAAAGAAGCAGGUCUUCAUAAUAAUGGAAGAGUCCACAAGCUCUAAAAAUGGAAAUCAUGAACCAAGGAAGUCUGCUCGUGUUGUUUAUGAAGAAAGCAAAGCUCUUAGAGCUCCAACCAAUCAGAAUUUGAAACCUAGAAAUGAUAGAGUCAUAAGGGACAUUGGAAGAAGUUCUCCAAGUGGGAAUAGUAACAAAAAAAAUAAACAAAAUGAUGUUUGUACAGAAAAAAUAGAACUUAAAUCAUGUAAGGUAAAUACCUCUAGUGUCCCAGGCACCAAAGACUUGGGAUCAGUCCUUCAAGAUCAAAGUCAUGGCAAAGCAAAGAAGUCACCGGGACCACUCGCCACGGGAGAAGGUGUGAAGCCAGUGAGAACCCAGCAGGUGGAAGACAAUGCUCCAAGCUCAUCAGCUCCAAGCUCAUCCGCUUCUGAGAAGGACGUAAAGAAAGAAACCUCACCUACUACUGUCCAAAGAGGGAAGCCAGCUCUAGAAAGUGCUCCGGGCUCUCCGAAACUGAAACCAUCUACAGAUCAUACCAGUGACCCUGGGCAUGCUGUUUCAGGAACAGAAGACAAAUCUGAUGACCUGAGUAAACUGAAGAGUGCUGAGCCACCGAAAGACCCUCCUUCGGAGCUGGAUUACUUAGAAAACGCCACCACGAUUGACGAGUCGACUCUGACCCCUGAGCAGAAGCUGGGGCUGAAGCAGGCCGAGGAACGCCUGGAACGAGAUUACAUCUUUCGCCUGGAAAAACGCUCCCCGGAAUACACCAAUUGCCGAUAUCUAUGCAAAUUAUGCUUAGUUCAUAUUGAAAAUAUCCAGGGAGCACAUAAGCACAUAAAAGAGAAACGGCAUAAGAAAAAUAUCACGAGAUCUAUUAAAAACACCAGAUCCAAUGAUCCCUGGCUCGCUCUUUCCAUGUCUCUCCCAACAACUGGACCAUUGGCUCAUCCCACUGAAUUUUCCACCUCCCAGUCAGCUGUUUGUGGUCCUGUGGGAUCCAGUCUACACAAAGCAUUAUGUGAAAAACAGGAAGAAAAUGAAUUACGAGCCCUGCCACCCCCUUCCCCUGCCCAGCUGGCUGCUUUGAGCUCCACCCUUAUGCAAGCAGCAAAAGAACAAGGGAUUUCGGACAAUGACUUUGGGUUCCGGCAGGAAAUUGUGACCGAAAUGGAAAAGGUUAUACAGCAGCGCCUACCAGACUGUUCGCUUAGGCUGUAUGGCUCCUCUCUGACUAGGUUUGCUUUUAAAAGCAGUGAUGUUAAUAUAGAUGUAAAAUUUCCAUCCAAGAUGAGUCACCCAGAUGUUCUGAUUCAGGUGCUUGACAUAUUAAAAAACUGUGCAUUAUACUCAGAGGUGGAGUCUGACUUUCAUGCCAAAGUUCCUGUUGUCUUUUGCAAAGAUGUGAAGAGUGGUUUAAUCUGUAAGGUGAGCGCUGGAAAUGAUGUGGCAUGCCUCACAACUGAUUUGCUUGCUGCUCUUGGCAAGCUAGAGCCUGUCCUAACCCCCUUGGUGUUAGCUUUUCGCUACUGGGCUAGGUUGUGCCAUAUUGACUGCCAGGCUGAAGGGGGGAUCCCUUCAUACUCUUUUGCUUUAAUGGUGAUGUUUUUUCUUCAACAAAGAAAGCCCCCUCUUCUUCCUUCCUAUUUAGGCAGUUGGAUUGAAGGCUUUGACUCAAAACGAGUCGAUGACCACCAGCUGAAGGGCAUCGAAGACGAAAAAUUUGUGAAGUGGGAAUACAAACCUAUGCCCAGUGGGCCCGGGAAGAACUCAGGUGCCUCUGAGAAUAAAACAAAAGCCGAUCAGAGAAGUGGCACCAAGAAGCCUACCAGCUCAGAAACAGACUCCCAGAAUGGUGCUGCCAAGGAGAGACACGGCAAGUCUCCUUUAGCGUUGGAAAUACCAAAUCAGGUAUCCCUGGGACAGUUGUGGUUAGAGCUGUUAAAGUUUUACACACUGGAAUUUGCUUUGGAGGAAUAUGUCAUAAGCGUACGGGUACAAGAACUCUUAACACGAGAGAACAAAAACUGGCCUAAAAGGCGAAUAGCCAUUGAAGACCCUUUUGCACUCAAGAGGAAUGUUGCACGGAGUUUGAAUAGCCAGAUGGUGUUUGAAUAUAUCCUGGAGAGGUUCAGGACAGCCUAUAAAUAUUUUGCUUGUCCUCAGAGUAAAGACGGGAAUAAGUGUAAGGUGGAUUCCAGGAAGAAGGAGAGGGGGAAAAUGAACAGCAAGAAGCCCGCAAAAUCUGGAGACGUGGGCGCCAGCGGUUGCCCUCUCCAGGGGGAGAGUGUGGAGAAGACCAAGCCAGGAAGUAGGUGUGGAGCACACACUUGUCAGUCCGAUGAAUGUAAUGAGCCGGAAUGCGCAUCCCCCAGAUGUAGGAAGGACGUGGGCCGCCUGGGAAAGAAACUGGACGCAGCCGACUCCAGCUACGACGAGGACGCUCGGGAACCUGGGACUGCAAAUGACGGCGACGAGCUGGAGCCAAAAUCCUUGGAAGAGCAGCCCGAUGUGGAGCCUCCGGAGCCCUGCUCGAAAGAGGAGGUCAGCCGCCAGUGUCGCUGCCAUGAGCACCGGUCACGGGACCCAGACGCCGUCAGUGACCCAGAGGGGACCCCACUCAGGCCAGACCUGGACACAAAGUGUUUGCCACCGGCUUCCUGCACUGACACUGACACCUCAGCUACCUCUCCCCACUGCCAAGCUCCGGCAGAGGCCUCUGACCUUAAGGACGAAGACCAGCCCUGCCCUCCCGAAAUGCACUAUGUGUUUGAUAAGUUUAUUUUGACUUCUGGCAAGCCUCCAACUAUAGUAUGCAGCAUCUGCAAGCGAGAUGGGCAUUCCAAAAACGACUGCCCGGAUGAUUUCAAGAAAAUUGAUCUCAAACCGCUACCACCAAUGACAUACCGAUUUCGGGAUAUACUUGAUCUAGUGUGUAAAAAAUGCUUUGAUGAAUUAUCACCUCCAUUUUCUGAACAACAAAGCAGGGAGCAAAUUUUAGCCAGUUUGGAAAGGUUUAUUCAAAAAGAAUAUAAUGAAAAGGCCAGACUUUGCUUAUUUGGUUCCUCGAAGAAUGGAUUUGGAUUCCGUGACAGCGAUCUCGAUAUCUGCAUGACGCUCGAUGGCCAUGAAAAUGCUGAGAAAUUAAACUGUAAGGAAAUAAUUGAAGGUUUGGCAAAAAUUCUUAAGCGACAUCCAGGUUUAAAAAACAUCUUGCCUAUAACUACUGCCAAAGUGCCUAUUGUAAAAUUUGAACACAGGCGGAGUGGACUGGAAGGAGACAUCAGCUUAUACAAUACCUUGGCUCAGCACAACACGAGAAUGCUGGCUACGUACGCAGCUAUCGAUCCUCGGGUGCAGUACUUGGGAUAUACCAUGAAAGUGUUCGCCAAGCGCUGUGACAUUGGCGAUGCGUCCAGAGGAAGUUUGUCUUCAUAUGCUUACAUCCUCAUGGUGCUGUACUUCCUGCAACAGAGAGACCCCCCUGUGAUCCCCGUGCUGCAGGAGAUAUUUGAUGGAAAACAAAUUCCCCAGCGAAUGGUGGAUGGAUGGAAUGCCUUUUUCUUUGACGACAUGGAGGAACUGAAAAAGCGUUUGCCUUCCCUGGGCCAAAAUACCGAAACCCUGGGGGAGCUCUGGUUGGGGUUGCUACGCUUUUACACUGAAGAAUUUGAUUUCAAGGAAUACGUUAUCAGCAUCCGGCAGAAAAAACUGCUGACAACUUUUGAGAAGCAGUGGACAUCCAAAUGCAUUGCAAUUGAAGAUCCUUUUGACUUGAAUCAUAACCUUGGUGCUGGAGUAUCUAGAAAGAUGACUAAUUUCAUCAUGAAGGCAUUUAUCAACGGAAGGAAACUUUUCGGCACCCCUUUCUAUCCUCUUGUCGGAAGAGAAGCGGAAUACUUCUUUGAUUCUAAAGUGUUGACGGACGGAGAGUUGGCUCCCAAUGACCGGUGCUGCCGAGUGUGCGGGAAAAUUGGGCAUUACAUGAAAGACUGUCCUAAAAGGAGGAGCGCUUUACUGUUUAGGCUGAAAAAGAAAGAGAAUGAGAAAGAAGACGAGAAGGAAAUGAAGGACGAAGACAGGGAACUCCGCGAGAAGAGAUGUUUUAUCUGCGGAGACGUGGGACACGUCCGAAGAGAAUGCCCCGAAUACAAACAGGCUCGGCAGAGGAACAACGGUCUGGCAGGUGCCCAGCUGGUGCGCGGCCUUGUCGGUGCCCAGGCAGUGGCUGGCUCAGUCCAGCAACAAGUCGACCGACCCUUGCGGACCAGGCAGCCCUCCGAAUGCUCUGAUUCACAGCCGUCAUCUUACUCUCCACAGCCCCCGCCAUUCCCCCCGAACUCUACUCAGCCAGCCUCUCUUGCCCAGACCACGCCACAGCCCAUAGCGCAGCCCAAGCACGGCCCAGCGCAGGCGGCCCCGCCUCCCCAUCAGGUCCAACUGCCUUUGUUUAACUUUCCCCAGUCGCCCCCAGGUCAGUAUUCUGCCCUGCACAACUUGGGACUGCUGCAGGUGCACCCCCACCCCCACCCCCUGCCUCUGCCCGGCGCCACCUGGCCCAUCCACGGCCCCGUGAUCCACUCGGCACCGGGGAACCCCGCCCACCCCGCCGGCGUCCCGUUCCCCAUGCAGUCCGGUGGCGGCGGCACCACCAACAACCAGAGCACUGUGAGCCUCAACGACCCCAGCAUCAUCUUUGCACAGCCCGCUGCCAGGCCCCCCCUGGGCAUCCCCACUUCUCACGAGGGACACUGGCACAGCCCCGUGGCUCCCAACUCACUGGUGAACAAUGGUGCCGUAGGGAACUCAGAUCAGGGCUUUCAAGGACAAUUUGCAAAACUGACCCCUCCGAUUCCUUGGGAUCACGGGGCCCCCGCCCAUUUCCCCUUCCUCCCAGCGUCGUGGCCUUACGGCGGCGUGCCUCAGAACUUCCUCCAGCAGGGGAACGCCAGCUUUCAGCCCAACAAAGCUUUCUACCCUACAGCUGGCCCACUGAUGCCAAGCAACCCGAGGUUCCCUCUGCUGUCUCAAGGGCACCCGUCCCUCAGCUUGAACUACAUCCAGCAGAAGAAAUGACAUUUCAUGGAAAUCAAAGCAAAUCAGGUCCUGGAUUUAACAUUUUAACACAACUUGUUUAGAUACAGAUUAUUUAAAUUUAAGACUUUUUAAAGUGUAUCAUUUGUAUAUAGAUACAAGCUAUAGUUUUUACUAGUAUCACCAAAAUGAGUGAUACAAAUUUCAUCUAUUUUAUUACCCUAUUUUUAAGGGACUUUUGUGUUUUGUUUUACCUUGAUGAACUGUAAAAAGAGAGAAUUUAAAAAAAAAAUUAAGUUCUUUAUUUUCUAUUAGCUGUAUUCAUACUUUGGUUGCUUCAGACUUUAUAUAUAUUGUUCUUAAAAAUAAGAAUUAGGAAGGGAUUUCAUGUGUUUUAAAAUUUGUCACUUCUAUUCUUUACAGAACUAUGUAGUGCCAAAAACUUUUUAAAAGGAAAAAAAAUAAAACAAAAUUGCAACAAAAAGGAAGGCGUCCU